AUGAAGGUGUCCGUGGUUCUCACUCUCAUUGGCUACCUGGUGGUUCCAAGUGGCGCUGCUGUUUUGGGGCGCUGUGUGGUGGCUAAGAAGCUCCACGAAGGAGGCCUGAGUAAUUUUGAGGGCUACAGCCUUGAAAACUGGGUGUGCCUGGCUUAUUUUGAGAGCAAGUUCAACCCCGAGGCUAUCUAUGAGAACACGCAUGGGGGCUACACCGGCUUCGGCCUCUUUCAGAUCCGCGACAAUGACUGGUGCGACAGAGGCAAGAACCUCUGCCACGAGUACUGCUCUGCUUUACUGAAUCCGAAUUUAAAGAAGACAAUUGAAUGUGUCAAGAAAAUUGUAAAAGAAAAAGAAGGGAUGGGAGCAUGGCACUCCUGGUCCCUGAACUGUCAGAACUCAGACACUCUGGCGAGGUGGUUGGACGGAUGCAAGCUGUAG